AUGCAAAUCUGUCCAGUAUUCUUUUUCUGUGCUCGAGUUGUACUAAGUAAGUCAACUGUUUUGGACAAUAGGUACUUGAUUGACAAAUAUCCACCACCAUAUGUGAUAGAUUUGCCGUUGCCACCGUGUGGUCUACAAGCUACAAAAACGCACUUACCUGAGUCAGGGAUUGCUGGAGGUGUUGCAGCAGGUGUUGAUGCUGCAAGAAAAGCGAGAGUAUGUAGAGGUGAAGUCGAAGAGACAGAAUCAUGUUCUUGUCGAGCUGGUUUUACAGCAGAUGGUGUGUUGGAAAACGAUGUUUCAAACAUUUCUCCCGGUUUUCAACAACGUGCCCAAGCAAAAAACGGAAAACGCGAUCGACGUUUUGAUUUUAUAGUUAGGUGGCAUGCACCAAUACCAACCAUUAUUGAAGAUAUUGUACAAAAUUAA